CUGAAAUCUGCAGGAAAUCUGUGGCAAGGGACACACGAUACAAAGGAGACCGGAUGGUAACACGUUGGUAGAUGCAGGAAUGUUACUAUUGUGUAUAGAAUGCCUACGAAAACCAUAGGAUGCUUACUUGUUGGGGUAUUCAUCGCGAUAUGGUUUGGGAAAGUCAGGAGCCAAGUUGUUGCGGACAACCGCUGUUACCUGGAAAAUGGAGGGUCGGCCGAGAGCUUUUUUGUAUCCGAAGACGUACCAGUUGGAUCCAUUAUUGGAAUAUUGAAGAUAAAUGGCGAUCCGUCGGAAAAUGGGAACGUCCAAUUGACUCUUAAAGAGUCCGACAGUCCAGUUGCCAUUUUACCUGGCACCAAAGAACUAACGUUGACAAAACUUUUGGACAAAGAAGGCAUAUCAGGACCUUCUUCUGUUUACGUUAACGUUGUCUGUGAGCGAAAGCAUACCGCUGAUCCGAAUUUUGCAAUCCCCGUGAGCAUCAGAGUAACUGAUGCCAACGACAAUGCGCCAGUGUUUGUUAAUGCCCCUUAUGUGCUCAACAUAUCCGAGGUGACUGUGGUGGGAACUAGAGUUCUACAAGGAAUCAAAGCAAUUGACGCUGAUCAACUUGGACCAUUUUCUACUGUUCAUUACACUGUUCUUCCAGGACCCCAUUCGGAUUACUUUGUGUUCGUGAAUGGUUUGGAAGGAACGUUGGUUUUGAGAAAAGCUUUGGACUAUGAAACGCUCUCCAACUUCACCAUAGGAAUUCGAGCUCAAGACCAAGGCAAUCCUCCUCAGUAUUCGGAUACGGUUAUCUUUGUUAACAUCAUCGAUGCGGACGAUCAGAACCCAAAGUUUUACGACGAAAGAUACACAGCCACCCUACCGGAUCACGCGGUUAAGGGCACAAAACUCAGAGUAUUCCCCAGAGAAAUCGCAGCUUACGACCAAGAUCUCGGGAUCAACGCAAACAUAUUUUACACCCUUAAUUCUGAUUCUCAAGAUUCUCGAUACUUUGAACUGGACAGAGUUUCGGGCAGUGUUACCAUCAAACGUGCCAUUCCAGAAGAUGACUUGCUUCAGCCAGCCACUAUGGUUAUUCGGGCUACCCAGUUUGAUAACGCCGACCGGUACGCGUUGGCCACUCUUGCAAUAAGUCGGCCAGGUACUUCGCUCAGGGAACUUCAAUUCCUGCAGGAUCACUAUCAGGCUGGCGUGUUGGAAAACGUUCCACUGGAUAGUGUCCUGAUGACUGUGAUCACUAACAAGCCAAAAGACAAACGUCUGAAAUACUGGCUGAGCAAUUAUACGGACGUGUUCUCCAUAUCGGUCAACGGUGAUAUCGCGUUGAAAAAAACGCUGGAUUAUGAAACCAUGGACAACUAUGUGUUCUAUGUUUUUGCUACCGAUAGCUUUAUGAACACAUCUGCGUUUGUCAACAUCACCGUGUUGAACGUAAACGACUGGGAUCCUCGGUUUCGGUACCCUCAGUAUGAGUUUUACGUGCCAGACAUAUCACUGUCCGAACUACUACCCGGUACGGUCAUCGGUAAAGUCGAAGCAGCCGACGGGGACCGCGGGGAUCGCGUUAGUUUGGCUUUGCGUGGUCCCGAAUCGAGAAUGUUCGCCAUCGAGGAUUCCGGGGACAUUGUCUUGGGCGAUAUAUCGGACCUUGGUACUUCGACGGCACACCUGGUGGCCGUGGCAACGGACACCGGCAUCCCUCCGAGACAAGCUUCGGUUCCGGUAAUCGUACACUUGCCGGACACUAUGGUCAGGGCGGCCGGCCGAACGUCUUCGGCCAAUAGUUACACUGUCGUGGUGGUGUUUGGGAUCAUCUUGGGCGUGCUGAGUCUGGUGAUAAUUGCUCUGAUCGUGCACAUCCAGAAGAGCAAACGACCGAAAAUCGGACCACCGUCCACCUUUGAUGUGCGUAACAAAUUCGAAGGAUUCAAACGCACCAACCCGAUAUACGACGAAAAACGAUUGGUGGGCGUGGGCACAAAAAUGCAAAAUCCUCUGUUCAAUCCCAAAGAAGAAUCGACCGAUCCUCUGUACACGGCCACGGUCAAAACGACCAGAAUGUUUCCGGGCACCGCUUCGACCAACGGCCGAGCUAAGAUGACAGGUACUGUGCAACAAGCCAUUCCUCGGACUCGUCAUAAAUUUCCAGCACCAGCUCCGCCGCAAGUACCGAAAGUGGGCGGUAACGGUGGUCGGUCGCCGGCGGGUUCUUCGACCACGACCACCACGGCUACACCUAGCCCGGUCAACAGGUUCUCCAGGACGCCUCACUGGCCCACAGAAGCCAUUCCUAAGCGAGUGAAGAAACUCAGCUGGGACGAUCGUAAUUCUUGUGCUCAUAUGACGCGAGAAAUUGAUCCCAGCGUCAGUGUCACACCAGUCGAAGAAACCAGAAGGGACGAUCAUUUAACUGUUUAUUUUUAAUCAAUUGUUUCUUGUAUUAAAUUCAUAAUAUAUUUUAACUUUUAUUCUUCCGUUAUAAAACGUUUAUAUAUAUAUAUAUAUAUAUUUUUAUGUGUAAUGUGUGUGAUAAGAUCAAAAUUAUAUCUGUAAGGUAUUUAUUAUUGUUGUACAUAGUUCAUUGGCGCAACCGACUUUAAAACAUACUCUUUUAUGACCUCGCCAAAUUUGUGAUAAACAUUUUAGUAAAAAAUUAAAUAAAAUACAGUUUAUUGAAAUGAAGUAUGAUUUCCUUAUUAACACUAUAUGGCCUGUUUUUUUAAUCACUUACAUUGAAACCGUUUUAUCGCAUCAGGCACCAUUAAUAAUAUUUGGUUAGUAAGUUUGAGCUAAUCUCAAUGGUCUAUUACAAAAACAUUUUAAAAGUAUUAAAUUAUAAAUUAUUUUUCUUGGUAUUUUAAUAACAGUCAAAUGUUGACUAACGGUAAUUAUUAUUAUUUUUUUUUUUAUAUAAAAAUCGUAUAUUUGCAUACAUUUUUUUGUAGGUAUUAUGACAUUAAAAAAAAAAACCAUUUUUUUUUUUAUUGGAAGGUUAAAAAAUAUUUUAGGGGACUAGGGGCUAACCGGUUCCCAACUUAGGCCUUAAGUUGCGCCAAUGUGUUAAUAGUUUCAAUAACUAUUAUCAUUUAUUUUUAAGACUUAUAAAAAUAGCAGAUACUACCCUAUGUUUUUUGUGCAUAAAUAAAUAUUUUAUUAUUGUAUAAUCAGUAAAAAAAAACAAUUGUUUGUUUAAAUUCUAAUUUUCCGACGUUCUUAUAUUUUUUCAGAU